AUGGAAAUGGGCUCUUUGAUAAUUCGACCCAUGAAAUGAAAAGCCCUAACCCUUCUUCAACCUCUAUUUCAUCCCUCACUCUCUUCAAAACCUCAGCUCCACUGAACAAAUUUUCCAUUUUCCGAUUUUCUCUUUUGGGAGCGAAUGAAGCUCUUUCUGCAAUCAAAUCUACAACUAUGUCGUCGUGGUCAUCAAAUUUUAAGGGAUCGGUUACUUUCCACUUAUUCCUCCUACUCUUCGGCUCCAAGCGGUCUGUCCCGUAGGAUCUCGAGGGCGGGAGAUCCAUCAGUCUCGAUGGUUCCUAUUCUCGAGAAAUGGCUCGAGGAAGGCAACGACAUUAAACUAUCUGAGCUGCAAAAAUUCAUCAAGCAGCUUCGCAAGUUUCGCCGCUACACCCAGGCUCUUCAGAUAUCUCAAUGGAUGACCGACCAAAGGUGCUUUAUCCUGUCACCUGGAGAUGUUGCAAUUCAGUUGGAUUUGAUCACAAAAGUUUAUGGCUUUGAAGAAGCAGAGAAAUAUUUUAGCAGCAUUCCAGAAAAUUCAAGAGGUUACCAGGCUUAUGGUGCUCUUUUAAACUGCUACGCACACACUAAACGUUUGGAAAAAGCAGAGGCUGUCAUGGAAAAGAUGAAAGAGUUGGGGUUCGUAAAAAAUGCGCUGCCUUACAAUAUAAUGUUAGGUCUUUAUUCUCAAAUGGGCAAAUAUGAGAAACUAGAUGGCCUGAUGCAAGAGAUGCAAGAAAAAGGCAUCGGUUGUGACUUGUACACAUUCAACAUCCGGUUAAACGCUUAUGUAGCCUCUUCUGACAUUGAGGAAAUGGAAAAACUUCUAAUGAAGAUUGAAGCUGAUCCUCUGAUCAACAUAGAUUUCCAUUGUUACACUACUGCAGCGAAUGGUUAUUUGAAAGCUGGUCUAAUUGAAAAGGCCUUAACGAUGUUAAAGAGAUCAGAGCAGUUGAUUAGUGGUAACCCAAAAAGGUCUGAUUAUGAAGUUCUCCUUACUUUCUAUGCUGCUGCAGGGAAUAAAGCUGAAGUCUAUCGUAUUUGGAAUUUAUAUAAGAAGAAUGGGGGGUUCUUCAAUUUAGGUUAUCAACGUAUGAUAAAUUCAUUGGUGAAGUUGGACGAUAUAGCAGGUGCUGAGAGAAUCUGGGAGGAGUGGUAUGCCUGGAAGAUGUUUUUUGACAUCCGAAUUCCAAAUUUGAUGAUCGAAGCUUAUUGCAAAAAAGGUCUUCUGGAAAAGGCUGAGGCGCUCAUAAACAAGAUUAUAGAAAGUGGGAUAGAACCUGAUGGUGUCUCAUGGAAUCACAUGGCAGCUGGAUAUUAUGAAGGUGGUCAGAUGUCAGAGGCAAUAGAAGCAAUAAAGAAAGCAAUUUCACAAAGUAAACCAGGAAGGAAAGCCAGCUUUCAUAAUGUAGAGGUAUGUCUGAAGUAUUUGAAUGGUCAGGGAGAUGUGGAAGCUGCAGAAGAGCUUUUGAAGAUGAUUAAGGAGAAUGGUUGUUACUCAGCAGGUGUUUAUGAUAAAUUGUUAGAUUGUGUUAACAAAGAAAACCUGACAAUCAAUAAAAUCUCAAGGAACGGAUUAUGUUCAGAAAGUGAAAGCAAUUAUACAGGACAGGGAAGAGAAAGGAAUGAAAUCUUCUUUUUUCUGAUUUUCUCUUUUGGUAGCACCAUGAAGCUUCUUCUGCAAUCAAAUCUAAAGCUAUGUCGUUGUGGCCAUCGAGUUUUAAGGGAUCAGUUAUUUUCUACUUAUUCCUCCUCCUCGUCCUCUUCGGCACCAAGCAAUCUGUCGGGAGAUCCAGCGCAGCUUCGCAAGUAUCGCCGCAACACGCACGCUCUCCAGAUGAUGCACUUAAUCCUCAUGGAUAUUCUGGCUGUACCCUUCUUCAAGCCAAGAAACAUAUCACAAUGGAUGACAGACCAAAGGUGCUUUAACUUGUCACCUGGAGAUGUUGCAGUUCAGUUGGAUUUGAUCACAAAAGUUUAUGGCUUAGAAGAAGUAGAGAAAUAUUUUAGCAGCAUUCCUGAAAAUUCAAGAGGCUGCCAGGUUUAUGAUGCUCUUUUAAACUGCUAUGCACACACUAAGCAGUUGGAAAAAGCAGAGGCUCUCAUGGAAAAAAUGAAGGAGUUGGGGUUCAUAAAAAAUUCGCUGCCUUACAAUGUAAUGCUAAAUCUUUAUUCUCAAAUGGGCAAAUAUGAGAAACUAGAUGUCCUGAUGCAAGAGAUGCAAGAAAAACGCAUCGCUUGUGACUUGUUCACAUUCAAUAUCCGGUUAAAUGCUUAUGUAGCCUCUUCUGACAUCGAGGGAAUGGCAAAACUUCUAAUGAAGAUUGUAGCUGAUCCUCUCAUCAAGAUAGAUUUCCAUUCUUAUGUUAUUGCAGCGAAUGGUUAUUUGAAAGCUGGUCUAAUUGAAAAAGCUUUAAUAAUGUCAAAGAGAUCAGAGCAGUUGAUUACUGCUAACUCAGAAAGGUAUGCCUAUGAAAUUCUCCUCAGUUUAUAUACAGCUGCAGGAAAUAAAGCUGAAGUUAAUCGUAUUUGGAACUUAUACAAGAAAAAUGGGGGUUUCUUCAAUCUGGGUUAUCUAUGUAUGAUAAGUUCAUUGGUGAAGUUGGACGAUAUGGCAGGUGCUGAGAGGAUUUAUGCAGAGUGGGAUGUUGGAAAGAUAUUUUUCGACAUUCGAAUUCCAAAUUUGAUGAUCAAAGCUUAUUGCAGAAAAGGUCUUUGGGAAAAGGCUGAAGGACUCAUAAACAAGAUUGUAGAGAAUGGGAUGGAACCUGAUGGUACCUUAUGGGAUCAUAUGGCAGCUGGAUAUUAUGAAGGUGGUCAGAUAACAAAGGCAGUAGAAACAAUAAAGAAAGCAAUUUCUCAAAGUAAACCAAGAAAGGAACCAAGCCUUUAUAAUUUACAAGUAUGUCUGGAGUAUUUGAAAUCUCAGGGAAAUGUGGAAGCUGCAGAAGAGCUUUUGAAGAUGAUUAAGGAGAAUUGUUGUUACUCAGCAGGCGCUUAUGAUAGACUGUUAGAUAGUUAUCUCAGGUCAGAUAACUAGUUUUAAGAUGUAAAUAAGAAUUAAAUCUUUUUAUGAUAAUAUUAAAUAUUUAUUUAUUAUUAAA